AUGACUUUUAAUAUUCGCAGACCGUUAGGCAUUAUUGCCCGAGUGGACAGCCCCAGCGAGAAUGCCCAGUACUACAAGCGCGGACCAAUAAGAUGGCGUUUUGAUAAAGGCUCUCCACGCUCUCAUUGGAUUACGCAGCGUAGGGCAUUAUGUAUGUGGCUAUGCGCAGAAAAACCGGCCCGAAAAGGGACACGGGGUCUAGAAAUGGGUGUCAAUAAAUUCGAAAAAUAUAUUAGACUACUUAAAUUGAGGACACCGAGCUAUUUUAUUGAAGAAUAUGCAAAUUGGCUCUGGCUCAAAUUUGCAGAGAAUUCGUCGGCUGAAGUCAUCCUACAAAGUGUGGUGUGUGCAGGGUCUUUGAGUGAUGUUUAG